GAUAAACACUGGACAGGGCGCACAGGUAACCGGACAUCUUGCAUGGUCUCGCUUUCAAAAUGCCGAAAAGACCCAAGAAAACCGAGGAAUCGUUGAAAGAAGCAGCCGAUGCAUGCUUGCUAAGCGAAAGUAAUGAAGGAAAAGACGCUGUUGCAGAAAGCAUGGCAGAAAGCGAAGUCUCAUCCGCGGAGCCCCUGGCGGCAGAGGAGAAUGUCAUGGAAGAGGAGGCAGAAGAAGAAACCGACGAAGAACAAGAAGGGGAUGUUGUGCUGGCGUCUGAAUCUGAAGACUCUGAUUUGGAGUCUGGGGAUGAGGAGUGGGACUCUGAGGCCGAGCCACCUGCAAGGAGACCAAGGAGGACAGAGAGUGAAGGCAUUGAGGAGACGACAACAAGCUCACCUGUGGAGUCAUGGAAAGGCACCGACGAGGAGGACAUUGCACCACAACCACUUUCAUUCAGACCUCUCCGUACACCUGGUGCCCAGCUCUUGAAGGGAGUGUCAUACACCUCAUUAGAGCUCUUUCAGUCUUUCUUGCCAAACUCCAUUUUACAGACUAUUGUCAUUAACACAAACAAAUAUGGACAAGAGAACCACAAAACAUGGAGGAAAAUUACAUUAAAGGAUUUGUACUCGUACCUGAGCAUGGUAAUCUACAUGGGCCUCUUGAAAGUGGCCUCUAUAGGAGAUUACUGGAAAUUAUCUGAUCUGUAUAAUUUUCCAUUCCCUGUCUCAGUCAUGUCAGCCAGUAAAUUCAAACGCAUUGCAACCUCAAUACAGAUGAGUGACCCUAAAGAUGACGCUGCUAACAAUAAGAAAAAAGGCACAGCAGAUUACGACCGUCUUUGCAAAAUUAAACCCAUGUAUGAGCAGUUACGACAGACCUGCAAAGCCUCCUACCAUCCCCAACAGAAUAUUGCAGUAGAUGAAAGAAUGGUGAAGUCCAAAGCCCGGACUGGACUGAAGCAAUACAUGAAAAACAAGCGGAGCAAGUGGGGUUUCAAGCUUUUUGUCUUGGCAGAUUCCAGCAAUGGAUAUACCUGGGACUUCACCGUGUUUGAGGGGAAAAACCAUCAUCAGACAGGAAAUGGACUUGGCUAUGACACAGUAAUGGAUCUUGUCACACCAACAGUUCUGGGAACUGGUUACAAACUGUAUGUAGACAAUUUCUAUACCAGUCCGACCCUAUUUCUUGACUUGCUGGAAAAGAGAAUUAGGGCAUGUGGGACCAUUCGCUCAAACAAGCUUGGAUCUCUCAGACUUAAGUCAGGGCAGCUGAAUAAGAAGUCUCGGCGCGGCUGCAUCCGUUGGAUCAGGGAAGGACCCAUUGUGUUUGUCCAGUGGAAAGACUCAAGAGAUGUCCUGAUGUGCUCAACAAUUCACAAGGCUCACGGAGAGGAAACCGUUCAGAGGAAUAUGAAGGACGCAGAAGGACAGUGGGCCAAGGAAAGCAUUGCUAUUCCACCAGCCAUCCAGGAUUACAACACGAACAUGGGUGGCGUGGACCUCUCCGAUGCCCUGAUUAGUUACUACAACGUUCGCCGCAAAACUAAGAGGUGGCACAGAGUUUUCUUUAAUCACUUUGUGGACAUCGCCAUUGUGAAUGCCUUCAUCCUUCACAAAGAGUUGGCCCGUGCUAAAGGACAGCGGGUGAUGACACAGAAAGAGUUUCGUGAAACGCUUGUGCUCGAACUCCAAAAAGCUGGGGCUCCUGCCAGAGUGAAGCAUUCAGGCCCACAAUUCCUUUCUAAACAUGGAGAUGCCUGUCCGGAUGCUGGGAGAGCUGGUGGUGCUGGGAAAGGUGUUCCAGUUCCAGCUGGCUUACACCUUCCGAAGUACUUUACACCUGACUCUACCAUUGGUCGGGCUAGGUGUGUGCUUUGUAGUCUGAAAACUCCAUUAGGUUGCACCGUCUGUAAUAAGGCUUUGUGUUUCGUCCCCGGCCGACAGUGUUUCAACCUAUGGCAUGACAAGUCAAACGUAUAGGUAGUCUUCAGAGUCUGUGUUUCAUUCAUGCAGGGUUUUUUUAAUCUAAAUGAUUGACUGUAGGCUAACAAGCUCUGUAGAGGCAAACCUUUUCUCAUUAGUAUGCUGAAAUGUAAUGCUGUCAUUACCUGUUUGAAUUAUUGAUUAAUAAUGUUUAUAUAUCCUGGUCAAAGUUUGACCACAGCAGAAAGUGAUUAUUCGUUAAGUGACAAUAAUAAGUGUAUACACUGCAAAAAGCAGAAAAUGAUUAUUCGUGAAGUGACAAUAAUAAGUGUAUACACUGCAAAAAGCAGAAAAUGAUUAUUCGUUAAGUGACAAUAAUAAGUGUAUACACUGCAAAAAGCAGAAAAUUAUUAUUCGUUAAGUGACAAUAAUAAGUGUAUACACUGCAUAAAGCAGAAAGUGAUUAUUCGUUAAGUGACAGUAAUAAGUGUAUACACUGCAAAAAGCAGAAAAUGAUUAUUCGUUAAGUGACAGUAAUAAGUGUAUACACUGCAAAAAAAUGAAAUCUAACCAAGUGUCACAAAUCUUGUAU